GGGAGAGGGAGGCAAAGCGAAGAACAACGGCAUUGCGUUUGCUGUUUACUGCCAUUUUCUUCUUCUACUCUCUUUCUCCAGAAACGCAUUCUCGAAGGACAGUAUUGUGAAGCGUAAAGAAUACAGAGACAGAAAAAGGCUUCGAAGCGGAAGAAACGGCAUGAUUUCAGUGAAAUCGUGUUGGUUCCAAAGCUUCGUGGUAGCACAUUUGGUAAAACGUUGCCCGUGAAGGAUUUCUUGGGCAGGUUUAGACAAUUGAGACCAUUACCUUACGUAAGCUUUCCAGGAGAGGAAAGAAAACGAAGGAAAAUUUGGUGAUCUGUUUGUGAGUUUAAAGAUAGAUAUGGGGACAAUGAGUGAGGAGGUGGAAGUUCAGGAACAGGGGUUAAGUGGACACGAAGAGAAAAUUUUUGUUUCGGUUAGAUUAAGGCCUUUGAAAGAGAAAGACAGAGCGAGGCACAGUGUAUCUGAUUGGGAAUGCAUUAACAAUGACACCAUUGUUUUCAAGAAUAGCUUGCCCGAACGCUCCAUGUUCCCUGCCGCCUAUACAUUUGACAGAGUAUUUGGUUGUGACACCCAUACAAGGCAAGUGUACGGGGAAGGAGCUAAACAGAUUGCACUUUCAGUGCUCAGCGGUAUCAAUUCAACCAUAUUUGCAUAUGGGCAAACAAGCAGUGGAAAGACAUAUACAAUGAGUGGAAUCACUGAAUAUGCAGUAGCAGAUAUAUAUGACUACAUAGAGAUGCAUGAAGAGAGAGAAUUUUUGGUGAAAUUCUCUGCCAUGGAGAUAUAUAAUGAAGCUGUCAGAGACCUCCUUAGCUCUGACAGUACCCCACUCAGACUCCUAGAUGAUCCAGAGAGGGGAACUGUUGUGGAGAAACUUACUGAGGAGACUCCCAGAGACAGGGACCAUCUUCAGGAGCUCCUUUCAAUCUGUGAAGCUCAAAGGCAGAUAGGAGAGACCUCUUUAAAUGAAACUAGCUCCAGAUCACAUCAGAUUUUGCGGCUGACUGUUGAAAGCUCUGCUCGUGAUUAUGCUGGAGCUGAAAAUUCAAGCAUGCUUGCAGCUUCUGUGAAUUUUGUUGAUUUAGCAGGAAGCGAGCGUGCUUCUCAGACCUUAUCUGCUGGUGCAAGAUUGAAAGAGGGCUGCCACAUAAAUAGGAGUUUGCUAACCCUUGGAACCGUGAUUCGCAAAUUAAGCAAGGGAAGAAAUGCACAUGUUCCUUACAGAGACUCUAAGCUGACACGCAUACUCCAGAAUUCCUUAGGAGGCAAUGCGAGAACAGCCAUCAUUUGCACUAUGAAUCCUGCACGCAGUCAUGUUGAGCAAUCGAGAAACACUCUCUUGUUUGCAAGCUGUGCUAAAGAGGUGACAACAAAUGCACACGUCAAUUUAGUUAUGUCAGACAAAGCAUUGGUAAAGCAAUUACAAAGAGAGUUGGCUAGACUCGAGAAUGAAAUGAAGACCUUAGGAUCAGCUUCAAACAAACGUGAUACUGCUAUAAUGCUGAGAGAGAAAGAGCUGCUCAUCGGGCAGAUGGCCAAAGAGAUAGAAGAAUUGACUCGGCAACGUGAUCUUGCUCAAUCUCGAGUUGAGAAUUUGCUACUGUCAGUAAGAGAAGUUCAAAUGUUAAAGCAAGGUGGAUAUUCAUCACCAAAAUUAUCAGAAGUGGCCAAAGUUCCGUAUAUGGUUGAUUACAACAAACAUAGGAAUGCUGGUGUAACUAGUGUGCCGAGCUCCUACAACCAAUAUCUAGGGCUUCCUGAGAACUCCGAAGAGUAUUUUCUGCUUGAUGGCAGCACUCCGAAGUUUGUUGGGCCUGAUCCGUGCAAAGGUUGGGAGGAGAUUGCUCAUAGAACGAAUGAACAAUUUGAUGAUAACUGCAAGGAAGUUCGAUGCAUUGAAAUCGAAGACGCGAGCAUUAAGAUGAAUGAAAAAGCAGAAGUUUCCUCUUUGAGUCUGGACAAUAAUGAAGGAAAAUUAGCCAUGGAAGACGCAAUAGUCAAGGAAACUGAAACUGAUGAGUUGUCAAUUGACCCUGAGGAACAGGAAAGAAAAUCAGCCAUGACAGAGACCGUUCUCAAGGAAAUAGAAGCUGAUGGUUUAUCAAUUGCUCCUGAGGAAAAGGUUGGAAAAGUACCCAAGACAGAGGUCAUUCCCAAGAAAACAGGAGAUGGGGAAUUCCUGACUGUUCCUGAGGAUAUUGAAGGAAAAUUAACCAUGAUGGAGUCAAGUAUGGAUAAAUUGGAAGCUGAUGGCUUCUCCACUGACCCGGAGGAAAAUCAAGGAAAAUUAGACAUAGCUAGAGCCGUGAACGAAAAUUUAUUACCAAUCGCACAAAAGGAAAAUUUGCAAUCAACUCCUCUGUAUAGAGAUGAAACUUACAAGGCUUUGAAACAAAAAAUUGAGGAAUUGCAAAGGACCGUUAAAUUUCUUGUCAGAAUUCAUCAUCUAGAGCAGUCGCCUUGUUUCUCAGACGCAUCUAGCUCUAGUACCUCGAGCAUGACCAGAAGCAGAAGCUGCAGGGCGGUUCUCGCAACUGUGCCAUCUUCACCUUGCUUUGAGAAGGCACAACAGAAUGAAAGCACAUCCCGUUCCACUGGGUUUGACAAGGACUUCUUUGAAAGACCAAGAGGCCUAGACCAAAAGCUUUCUGGACUUAACUAUGACAACAGAAAUGGAACUAUGUCCAGAAAAAAUUCUCAAACUUCUCUUAGCAGUGCUUCUGGGGAUGCACAAAGUCUGAAAGAUUCAGAUGUUGAAGACAAUUGUAGUGUAAUUGAUUUUCUUCCACGACCAGAGAAGUCAUUUAGCAAUGAUUUUGUGAGAAGAAGAACUGCCUCCUCCCCUGAUUUUGUUGCAGGUGGUAUUGAAACGAAACUACAGUCAGAAAAGCAAAUUGGUAACAAUACGGCUCAGGAAACCACAGAUAAGACUGAUAAUUCCGGGGGAAAAAUGGAGGAUGCCAUGCAACUGCCCUCUAGUUGGGCCUCAGAAUUUGAAAAGCAGCAGAGAAAGAUUAUUCAACUUUGGGAUGCAUGCAGUGUACCAUUAAUCCACAGAACAUAUUUCAUCCUGCUUUUCAAAGGUGAUCCUUCCGAUUCUGUGUAUAUGGAGGUAGAGCUACGAAGGUUGUCUUUUAUAAAGAACUCAAUGUCAUCCGGAACAAAUGCUCGGACAAAUACUCCUCUUGACACAACGUCUUCAAGUGUGAAGGAUUUGAUUCGUGAGAGGGGAAUGCUGAGCAAGCAAAUACAGAAGAAGUUCUCAGGAAAGCAGAGGGAAGAACUCUUCAAGAAGUGGGGUAUUGGGUUGGACACAAAGCAGAGGAGUUUACAGCUGGCACGCCGUGUUUGGACAGACACCAAUGACAUGGGCCAUGUCAAGGAGAGUGCUGCCUUAGUGGCUAAGUUGUUCGGGUUUGUCGAACCUAGCCGAGCUCCCAAGGAGAUAGUUGGACUCAGCAUCCUGCCCCGAUCCAUAACACGAAGAUCCUACAGCUGGAAGCACGGCAUUCCUCCCCUGUUAUAGGGUUGUUGAAGUUUUAGAGAAUUAUCUAGGUUGGAUCUAUUUGCAGGGUUGGAAUCUUCCCAUUUUAACCUCCUGAACGUAAAUCCGAAGGUGUGUGAAGUUAACCAGACUUUAGUAGCAGAUUCGAUUUGAUUUCUUUCUUUGCUCAUUGUAUUUGAGGUACCAAAGAUUUAAUAAUGGAAUGAUGGAAUUUUUCCAUAAACUUAAGGUGAACGACUUCUCUCAUGAUUCAAAAAUGAAAUGCUCUGUUUCUGUCAAAUAAUAACACUAAAAAAUAACUAUGGCAAAAAGCAGAGUUUGGCAUUCACAUGGGAGCUUUGCUAUGCUUACAUCAUCUAUGAUUUGAAGACAGAUCCUUCAGUAAUUUUCCAGCCUG